AUGAAGGCUCUUGCACUUCUGCCCCUGUUUGGCUGCUUAAUCAUGUCCAAUGAAGCCAAAGUGUUUAGCCGAUGUGAACUAGCCUACAAGCUACAAGAAGCUGGAAUGGAUGGGUAUGAGGGGUACAGCCUCGCCAACUGGAUCUGCAUGGCGUUCUUUGAGAGUGGAUUCAACACAGCAGCAGAGGAUGACAAUGCAGAUGGCAGCACUGACUAUGGCAUCUUCCAGAUCAACAGCCGUGUGUGGUGCAACAAUCACCGAAGCCCCACUGAGAACCUCUGCUACAUGCCUUGCACUGAUUUGUUGUCAAGCGACAUAACUGAUGACAUCAUCUGUGCCAAAAGAAUUGUGAAAGACCCAAAAGGAAUGGAUGCCUGGGAGGACUGGACAAUGCAUUGCAAGGGGCGAGACCUGUCUGAGUGGGUGGAUGGAUGCGACCUGUGAAAGAAAAAGUCAUCAGCUUGGAUCUGCUAUGACUAAUCAGGGCUGUCUAUGUUUUCCUGAAAAGGGAAUGUCUGUCUUUCUGUGAAUCACUUCUGGCAGUUCAUAUUUACAAACAAAAUCCACUUUACA